GGACCUGCCCCCGCCUCGUUCCCGGCUCUCAGAGGUCCUGCCCGGGGGCAGCUCGCCAGACCUCCUGAGACGCCCUCCUUUUGGCGCCUGCCCAACCCUGUCGUCUAGUCACAACCCUCUGGCCUCCACUUCCUCCUGCGCCUUUUCUCCAGCCGUCAUCUCAGCGUCCCCAGCUCCAUUCUCUACUUCGCUGAGCUGACUUCUGGAGCCAGGAUUUCUCCGUAAUCCUGUCCCCUGGUUCUGUUUCACCAAGAAUGCCUGCCGCAGGACUACAGUUCAAUCUGGAUAUCAAAUUGCUGAAAGUACUGUGCCGGGAGACAUCGAAGGAAAACAGCAUACACCGGAGAAGAAUUCAUUGGUUAUCCUUGUGGUCCUUCCUGGAUGUGACCAGCUUCCUUCUUUGGAGUCGGUGGAAAAUUACACGCUGGUCAUAAAUGAUGAUCAUUGUUUCCUCCUCUCUGAGACUGUCUGGGGAGCUCUCCGAGUUCUUUAUCAACAAGACUGAGAUUGAAGACUUCCCCCGCUUCUCUCACCGGGGCUUGUUGUUGGAUACGUCUCGCCAUUACCUGCCACUGACUAGCAUCCUGGACACUCUGGACGUCAUGGCAUACAAUAAAUUCAACGUGUUCCACUGGCAUCUGGUCGAUGACUCUUCCUUCCCAUAUGAGAGCUUCACUUUUCCAGAGCUCACCAGAAAGGGGUCCUACAAUCCUGUCACCCAUGUCUACACAGCACAAGAUGUGAAAGAAGUGAUUGAAUAUGCACGGCUUCGGGGUAUCCGUGUGUUGGCAGAGUUUGACACUCCUGGCCACACUCUGUCCUGGGGACCAGGUUUCCCUGGAUUAUUGACUCCUUGCUACUCUGGGUCUCGUCCCUCUGGCACCUUCGGACCAGUGAAUCCCAUUCUCAAUACUACCUAUGAAUUCAUGAGCACAUUUUUCUUGGAGGUCAGCUCUGUCUUCCCAGAUUUUUAUCUUCACCUUGGAGGAGAUGAGGUUGAUUUCACCUGCUGGAGGUCCAACCCAGAUAUCCAGGCCUUUAUGAAGAUGAAAGGCUUUGGUAAUGACUUCAAGCAGCUGGAGUCCUUCUACAUCCAGACACUGCUGAACAUCGUCUCUGCCUAUGGCAAAGGUUAUGUGGUGUGGCAGGAAGUGUUUGAUAAUAAAGUAAAGGUUCCUCCAGAUACAAUCAUCCAGGUAUGGCGAGAAGAGGUACCAGUAAAUUAUUUGAAGGAGCUGGAGCUAAUUACCAGAGCUGGCUUGCGUGCCCUGCUGUCUGCCCCCUGGUACCUGAAUCACAUAACUUAUGGCCCUGACUGGAGAGAUCUCUACGUGGUGGAGCCCCUGGAAUUUGAAGGUGGCGCUCAGCAGAAGGCUCUAGUGAUUGGUGGAGAGGCCUGUAUGUGGGGAGAGUAUGUGGACAGCACAAAUCUGGUCCCCAGACUCUGGCCCAGAGCAGCAGCCGUUGCUGAGAGGCUAUGGAGCAACAAGUCGGUGACUAACCUGGACUUGGCCUUUAAACGUCUGACACGGUUCCGCUGUGAGCUGCUAAGGCGAGGUGUCCAGGCCCAACCCCUCAAUAUAGGCUACUGUGAACAGGAAUUUGAACAAACCUGAGCAGCCCCAGGCACUGAAGAGGGUGCUGGCCCUAGGAGAGUGGUAGUGGGGCCAGGCUUCCACUGCAUCCCAGCCGGGGGACGGAACCCCUUGCCUACAUGCCCCUGUGCAUGGAGAGAAGGAGGCCAGUGUUGGCACUAGCAUCCAAUAAAGAGUAAUGUGGCUUUUUUCCAUAAUGAA